AUGAAGCAGAGCUCUUUAUCUCUUCCAGGUUUUGGUCGGAAGGAUGUAGUUGAAUAUUUACUUCAAAGUGGUGCCAAUGUCCACGCGCGAGAUGAUGGAGGCCUUAUUCCUCUUCACAACGCUUGCUCUUUUGGUCAUGCUGAAGUUGUCAAUCUUCUCUUGCGGCAUGGUGCAGAUCCCAACGCUCGGGAUAAUUGGAAUUACACUCCCCUUCAUGAAGCUGCUAUUAAGGGCAAGACAGAUGUCUGCAUUGUACUGUUGCAGCAUGGUGCUGAACCAACCAUCCGGAACACAGAUGGAAGAACAGCUUUGGAUCUAGCAGACCCAUCUGCAAAAGCAGUGCUGACUGGUGAAUACAAGAAAGAUGAACUCUUGGAAAGUGCCAGGAGUGGAAAUGAAGAAAAGAUGAUGUCUCUUCUUACACCAUUAAAUGUUAACUGUCAUGCAAGUGAUGGCAGAAAGUCUACUCCUUUACAUUUAGCAGCUGGGUAUAAUCGUGUAAAAAUAGUACAGCUCUUACUGCAACAUGGGGCUGACGUACAUGCUAAGGAUAAAGGAGAUUUGGUGCCACUUCACAAUGCCUGUUCCUAUGGUCAUUAUGAAGUAACAGAGCUUCUAGUAAAGCAUGGAGCAUGUGUGAAUGCAAUGGAUCUGUGGCAAUUCACCCCUCUGCAUGAAGCAGCUUCUAAGAACAGGGUGGAAGUAUGUUCUCUUUUGUUAAGUUAUGGUGCUGACCCAACACUGUUGAACUGUCACAACAAAAGCACCAUUGAUUUGGCUCCAACGCCCCAAUUAAAAGAACGAUUAGCAUAUGAAUUCAAAGGUCACUCACUGCUACAGGCUGCAAGAGAAUCAGAUGUAGCUCGUAUAAAGAAACAUCUUUCUUUGGAGACAGUGAACUUCAAGCAUCCUCAAACCCAUGAGACAGCAUUGCACUGUGCUGCUGCAUCUCCAUAUCCUAAGAGAAAACAAGUAUGUGAAUUGCUGCUGAGGAAGGGAGCCAACAUCAAUGAAAAAACAAAAGACUUCUUGACUCCUCUGCAUGUGGCAUCAGAAAAGGCUCAUAAUGAUGUUGUUGAAGUAGUUGUGAAACAUGAAGCUAAGGUUAAUGCGUUAGAUAGUCUUGGCCAGACAUCUCUUCAUAGAGCAGCACAUUGUGGUCAUCUUCAGACGUGCAGGUUGCUGUUGAGUUCUGGAUGUGAUCCUUCCAUUGUGUCUCUGCAGGGCUUUACAGCCUUACAAGUGGGGACUGAAAGUGUGCAACAGUUACUACAAGAAGGUAUCCCAUUAGGUAAUUCCGAUGCAGAUCGACAGUUGCUGGAGGCUGCAAAGGCUGGAGAUGUGGAUACUGUAAAAAAACUAUGUACAGUUCAAAGUGUGAACUGCAGAGAUAUUGAAGGGCGCCAGUCUACACCACUUCAUUUUGCGGCUGGAUAUAAUAGGAUAUCCGUUGUUGAAUAUCUUCUUCAGCAUGGAGCUGAUGUGCAUGCAAAAGAUAAAGGAGGACUUGUCCCUUUACAUAAUGCUUGCUCGUAUGGUCACUAUGAAGUUGCAGAACUGCUUGUUAAACAUGGUGCAGUUGUCAAUGUAGCUGACUUGUGGAAAUUCACUCCUUUGCAUGAAGCUGCAGCAAAAGGAAAAUAUGAGAUCUGCAAACUCCUGUUACAGCAUGGAGCUGACCCUACGAAAAAAAACAGAGAUGGAAAUACUCCUCUAGACCUUGUUAAAGAUGGUGAUACUGAUAUUCAAGACUUACUUAGAGGAGAUGCAGCUCUACUAGAUGCUGCAAAGAAAGGUUGUUUGGCCCGAGUAAAAAAGCUGUGUUCACCUGACAAUGUCAACUGUCGGGACACUCAAGGACGGCAUUCAACACCACUACAUUUAGCAGCUGGUUACAAUAAUUUGGAGGUUGCAGAGUACCUGUUACAGCAUGGAGCAGAUGUGAAUGCACAGGAUAAAGGAGGUUUGAUCCCUCUGCAUAAUGCGGCAUCUUAUGGGCAUGUUGAUGUAGCAGCUUUACUUAUAAAGUAUAAUGCAUGUGUGAAUGCUACGGACAAAUGGGCUUUCACACCUCUGCAUGAAGCAGCCCAGAAAGGAAGAACACAGCUUUGUGCCUUGUUACUGGCACAUGGGGCUGACCCUACUCUGAAAAACCAGGAAGGACAAACACCAUUGGACCUGGUCACUGCAGAUGAUGUCAGCACAUUACUGACAGCUGCAAUGCCUCCUUCCGCCUUACCCACUUGCUACAAACCUCAGGUUAUAAGUGUGGCUCAGUCUACAGGUUCUACAGCUGAUUCCCUGUCUUCAGUUCCAUCCAGUCCAUCCAGUCUGUCUACUGCAAGUAGUCUCGACAACCUGUCUGGUAGUUUUUCUGAACUUGCUUCUGUGGUUGGUCCCAACAGUGCAGAGGGAGGUACUGUUCUGGAGAAAAAAGAAGUUUCAGGUGUAGAUUUUAGCAUAAAUCAGUUUGUGCGGAACCUUGGCCUUGAACAUCUAAUUGAUGUAUUUGAGAGAGAACAGAUAACACUGGACGUAUUGGUUGAAAUGGGACACAAAGAAUUGAAGGAAAUUGGAAUUAAUGCUUAUGGACAUAGGCAUAAAAUCAUUAAAGGAGUUGAAAGACUCAUUUCUGGACAGCAAGGUAUAUACUUGUUUCAAAAUAUUAUGUAACAGUACCGUUAUAGAAUC